CUCCACUACCUAAAGAAAGAAGGCCAGCAAUGCGUGCCCCAGACACCUUCAACUCUACCCCUUAAAGGAACUCUGCCCCACAGGAAGACCUGCAGACCUGGACUGUUUCAGGCACAGUUGUUUCCACAGUCUAAGAAGUACAAGGAGAAAAUUUAUCCUGGCCACUAGCAGGCUUCCUGCUUCAUCCAUGUGACUUGUCUCAUGGAAGGGGGAUAAUUUAGGGCGGGUCUGAAGAGCUAGAAUACAUCAUUCUGGCCCCUACACCCCUCCCAUCUCUGUCCAUUGGGAGGCAGAAGACAGGAAAUGACUGCCAUACAUGUGGUAUGAUUUUACCAAAACAGCAUUUUGUAACCCAGGCCCCAUGCUGUCCACAGCUGUUUUCCUCUCUUAUACCAGCCAGGUGGCACUCUCCAAUAUUUCCCUCCCCAUCCCUUCACAUGACUUCAGCCUUUGGAUUCUCAGCUCCUGGCCACUUUCCACAUUCCACUCCUCUGUCAGAACCCAGGCAUCCUGAGCUCCAGCUAAAACUGCUGUGCAUGGCUUUCCCCACCCUGGCCCUGUGACUCAGGCCCUCUGAGCGGACCAUCCCUCUUCUUGGCACUCAGUGGGAGGGGAGUGGAGAAGGGGGCCAGGUAGUGACAUCAGAGUUGAAGGGUACAAAAGCUUUCAGCCAAAAGAAAAUUGAAGAUACAACCUGACAGUGCAGGCAGCGCGGCCUACUAUCCUCAGGACUCCUCAACCUGAUAGCCCCAGACAUCUGGUUGCAGAUUCCCACUCCCUCAAGGUCUCCCCGCUAGUGAGGGGCUGCUGUGGGCCAGAGCGAUCAGCUGGGGUUCUGGACUCCUUGGACAGGAUUCACACAGAUAACAGACUCCAUGCUGGGCUCUCUCUGCCUUCUGUGGCUCCUAGCCCUGACCUUGUCGGUUCCCAGAGCUCAGCCCUUGGCUCCUCAAGACUUCCAGGAAGAGGAGGAAGAUGAGACGGUGAGCACACCUUCCCUGGCUGUCCCCUGUGAUUACGACCGUUGCCGCCACCUGCAGGUGCCCUGCAAUGAGUUGCAGAAGGCCAGGCCGGUGGCCUGCCUGUGCCCGGGGCUGUCCAGCCCUGCCUGGCCUCCGGACCCGCCACGCCUAGGAGAGGUGCGCAUUGUGGCCGAAGAGGGCCGCGCCGAGGUCCACUGGUGUGCCCCCUCCUCCCCGGUCCACCACUACCGGCUGCUGCUUUGGGAAGGCAGCGGGGCUCCGCAGAAGGGCCCCCUACUCAACACUACGGUCCGCAGAGCAGAACUGAAGGGACUUAAGCCUGGGGGCGCUUAUGUGGUUUGCGUGGUGGCUGGUAAUGAGGCCGGGGAGAGCCGCGUGUCCCAAGCAGGUGGGGAGGACCUCGAGGGGGUGUCCUUCCCGGCCUUCGGGCCCUGCGGCCGGCUCACCGUGCCACCCAGACCGGUCACCCUAAUCCACGCGGCCGUGGGGGUGGGCACAGCCCUGGCUCUGCUAAGCUGCGUCGCCCUGAUCUGGCACUUCUGCCUCCGGGAGCGCUGGGGCUGUCCGCGCCGCGCAGCCACCGCCCAAGCCGCAGGGGCGCUCUGAUGAGGGUCUGGGGGACUUCCGCGCAGCCCAGCCCACCUGGAGCGCCAGCUGGCUCCCAGAAGGGCCAGCCCGCUGCCGCCUGGCGCCAGACAACUGGGCCGCAGCUGGGGGUCUUGCCACUUUGUUCCUGCCUGAAAGCUAGACAGAAGUAGAGAGGGUCAGAGAGUUAGUAAGUAGGUUUUGCAUGUUUAAGAGUAUAACAUUGAGGGGACCAGGGACAGAGCUCAGUUGGUAGAGUGCUUGUCUCACAUGCACAAGGCCCUGGGUUCAGUCCCCAGCACCCCUCCCUCCCCCAAAAAAGUAUAAUAUUGAGGAUAUUAUGUAGGUACUUAUCUAGUCAUUUAAAAUAUAACCAUUAAAAAGUGUAAAACCCAUUCUUAGCUCAUGGGUCUUAUGGGUCUUAUAUGUCAGUGAGCAGGCCGGAUUUGCCCUUUGGCUGCAGUUAAGUCAGCCCCUGUCAUACACCCUCAAAGGGUUCUGCUCUUGGGCUUGGUGGCCUGGACAAUUUAACAAGACUCUGUUUUAACUAAAAAAUUAAAAAAGGGACUGGGGAAGUAGCUCAGUGGUAGAGUACCCCUGGGUUCAAUCCUCAGAAGGGGUGGAGGGGGGACAAAAAGACACUGCCACUUUGGCACUUUGCAUAGCUUAAGUGGCAUUUGAGAAUAAGCUUCUGCAGGAUAAGAUUUUCUGAUUGGAGCCACAGUCUUCUUUGACCUUUCCUUAAGUUACCCAGAUGAGCAUAUCUGGAUCAGAGUCUGUUUCUGAGGAGGGUGGAGAUUAAGGACUGAGAUGGGAUACAGAAGAGAAGGAAGCCCCGAACCUUUGUCCGGCACAAGUUUGUGCUCUUGCUAAUUAAAAUAAGACAAAUCAAUAGUAAUACCAAGGAAUCCCCCAUUUGUGUUUAUUGUAUACCAACUGUGAUAACAUUAAAGGAAAUUUAAAAGAAA